AAUCGAUGACGUCAUUGAGAAAAAAAUGAAGACUUCGUAUUUAUUGAUAAUCGUGUGUGCUCUAUUUGCCUCKGUGCUAUCUUUAUCUUGUUACUGUGAAAAAAAGAAAUGCAGUACGACUUUCUGCCCAAACGGUGGAACUGUUAAAGAUGAGUGUGGCUGCUGUGAUGUUUGUGCCAAGCAAGUUGGCCAGAAAUGCGGGGGACUGUAUGACCUUGCAGGUCGUUGUGACAAAGGCCUGUCAUGUGUUGUACGCAAACAUGGAAUUGUUAUUAAUGUUAAAACGUUGAUGAAACCAGGACGAUGUGAACCAGCUGCUUGUAGUUCGUUGUCGUGCCCGAAGUAUUAUUCUUGUGGUGUGGUUAACAACCAGGCAGUGUGUGAAUGCCCCAGACACUGCAAGAAAAGUGGGCGCAAAGUCUGCGAUAUCAAUACUGGUAGAGAAUACGACAGCGAGUGCGAGCUAAGAAAAUACGAGUGCAAAAGAAACAUUCAGAUCCCAUUCAAACACGGCCCAUGCAAACGUUGCAUAAAGGAUGGUCAACUUUAUAAAUUCGGUGAACAAGUGCGCAAUGGACCGUGUGAGAUAUGUUCUUGUGUGCAUGGGAUCUGGAACUGUAAGAAUACUUUUUGCCUGGACCAAAACACAAAAAACCACGGCGUGCCUCAUUUUGCCAUCAAAAAGUCAAAAAAUAAAAAGAAAUGCACUGAACUGCAAUGCCGGMGAUGCAAAUAUGGUCACAUAGUUGAUGACAACGGCUGUAAGACGUGUCACUGCAAACCUAAAAGAAAAAAUAUCUGUCGCCUUUCCAAGAACCCAGGACGGCCGUGUGGGUCAGUGCGAACGCAAACUCGUCGCUUUUUUUUCAACUACAAAAAAGGGAAGUGUGAGCCGUUUAUCUUCUUUGGGUGCCAUCACAACAGCAACAAUUUUAAAACAAAAAAAGCUUGUGAAGCUAGGUGUUUGAUUUGAAAUGGUAAUAUAUGACAAAGGAAAACUGCUAUUAGAAGAGUGUAUUUACCGACAUGUAUACCUUAUACUUGUUUAAAUAGGUUAGGGUUUACAAGUGACGACAUUGGAUUUGACAAUAUUUAGCGACUUAAUGGUAAUAAAAGUUGUUAUUUUUGGUAUU